AUUGUUCGUCUGUCGCCUAUCUAUUAACUACUAUCUAGCGUUGCUUGCAUUUUUCCAAUGGCUACUGUGAAUCUGUGAAAGGAGUUCGUUUCUCGGUGAAUUUUAAUGUAGUUUUAUUGCAUUGAAGUGUUUUAGUGGAUAAAUAAACUCACAGAAUACGCUGUAUCCUUAGGUCCUGAGCUGGAUUCAAAUAAAUCUUUGUGGUUGUAUAGAAGACUAUAGAACAUAUAGGAAUGAAGGAUACUUCCGGGAUAUGGCGGGGCAAGUGGCUUCUUGCCCACAUAUGGUACUUCGCAAUCUUCAGAUUGAUAUUGAUUUCGACAUAAUCAGAAGAAUCGAACACUGCGGAGUUUGUAACGAAGUUCGGCAAGAGCUAUGGCUGUGUCUCUUUAGAAACUGCUCCACUAAAGUGUGUUCGACUAGCGACCAUCGGCUGGCACAUCAGAAGGAUGAUGAUGGUGAAAGGAAGAAUGAUAAAAUUACUAAUGUGAGUCCCACUGAGAAUGAAAAUAAACAAAUUAACACUGUUGAGAACGACCAUCGAUUAGCACAUCAGCAGAAACACAAAAAGCACAGCCUGUUCUUAUCAGUUGGUGCGAAACGAGUUUGGUGCACUAUCUGCAACGGAAUCGUUACUCUUUCCGACGACUCUGUUCACACCCAUUCUGAUCCGGGGCAGUCCAGUCGACACCGACGUAACGCUAGUGCCAUGGAUAACACCGACAAUUCUGACGACGAUAAUAUGGCUUCCACAUCGUCUUCUGAGUACAAACCUAAUGGUCUCACAGGUCUGCAGAACUUGGGAAAUACAUGUUACAUGAAUGCUGCUUUGCAAGCCCUUUCCAACACACCUCCUUUGACUCAGUUCUUCCUGAAUUGUGGACCGCCUGUAAUAUCAGCACUAAGCAACGAUAGUGUCGGACAAAGAAAACCGAUGGCAUUGAGCAAGGCAUACCAUCGUCUCAUGCAAGAAUUGUGGGAUCUCAAAGGAAGGGGAUACGUUGCUCCCAGUGGGGUGUUGUAUUGUGUACGAAAUGUUUAUCCGAUGUUUCGAGGUUGUCACCAGCACGACACUCAGGAGUUCCUUCGUUGUUUUAUGGACCAGCUGCACGAGGAAUUGAAGAGAGUCGUGGUGGAACCACCACCUAUCCCAAGACCGUUCGAGUGCGCUAUUCCCGAACCAGAGGACGAAGACAUGUCUGACGAUGAUGGCCAGAUGAACCAAGGUUUGGGUGAGCCAAACGAGCCGAGAGCACCGGCCAAUGAGGGCGAGGCUGGAGGAGCGUCCAGCCAAUCAGAGGGCGAUGAGUAUGAGACGUGCGACUCGGGAGUGAGUGAGAGGAGUUCCCUCAGUGACGAGACCAGUGUCGACACCGAAAACAACCGCUCGCUUUCCAAUUCACCUUCUCCUCUACCGGGCAAAUUCAGGAAUGCGUCGUCCAGUAUUGAUUCACCAAAAGCGACAUCAGCUCAACGCAAAAAAGCUGAAGUGAAAUAUCGUAGCAUUAUUUCCGAUGUCUUCGAUGGAAAGCUUCUCAGUUCAGUGCAGUGCUUAACGUGUAGCAGGAUUUCAACGAGAAUCGAAGCAUUUCAAGAUUUAUCGCUUCCUAUUCCGAGUCGUGAUCAUUUGAAUAUGCUUCAUCAAAAGUCAGUCAAUUAUUCGAAUCUUGCAACUUGUAAGGAGAUGUACCAGGUGGAUAAUGGUUGGCUGAACUUGAUCUGGGAGUGGCUGUGCAGUUGGUUCUGGGGCCCAGCAGUGAGUCUCCAUGAUUGCCUUGCUGCUUUCUUCAGCGCAGAUGAGUUGAAAGGCGAUAAUAUGUACAGAUGGAUAGAAGAUAAACAAUUUUCUUGUUUUUCAGAGUGCGUAUCACAGGUGACCACGUACGAUCUGAUAUCGGUGAUUUGCCAUCAUGGCACGUUUGGCAAUGGCGGCCAUUACACUUGCUUCGCUCUCAACAACAAAUCGGAAAAUUGGUAUGAGUUUGACGACCAGUGCGUCACCCGUGUCUCCCAUGACGUGGUCAAAUCAUGCGAAGCUUACGUUUUGUUCUACAGGAAACGUCAAUUGGGAGUCAACCAGGCAAGAAACCGAGCAUUUAGCCUGGCGCAGACUGCAAAUGAGCAGGAGCCGGCAGUGGAAAUUGCGUAUGCCAUCUCCAACCAGUGGAUCACUCGGUUCAAUACAUUCGCCGAACCUGGCCCCAUCGACAAUUCUGAUCUGCUGUGUCCUCAUGGCAGAAUCUUGCCAGCAAGAGAGACCGAUUUCCAUCAUCUGAUCACGUCUGUGCCGGAGACGGUGUGGGAAUACCUGUAUGGAAAAUACGGCGGUGGCCCCAUUUGCACGCUGGAUAAACUAGGACUAUGCGACACCUGCUCCAACAAUAACCUGUUGGCUGAUGGCCCGCCGACAUCGCGAACCGAGCUGGAAGUGCGCGAAUUUUCAAUGCUGGAUGAGGAGGAACCGCAAAUCCGACAAGGAACGCAUGUCAACGUCAUCUGCCUCAAAUGGUUUGUCGAGUGGAACGCCUAUGUGACAGGCAAAACCGAAGAAUGUCCCGGACCCAUUGACAAUACACCGCUCUUCAAUGGCCAGAGGCGUUCGACCAAACGAGUUUCAGAAAAAGACUACCGAAGAGUAUCGAAAGGCCAAUGGCAGUUUUUGCACGGUUUAUACGGAGGAGGUCCAGAAGCAAUUCUUACCACCCAAAACAAUCAAACAGUCAUCGUAGCUGUACCAAAGACACUCCCAUCAACUCCCAGUAAUGAGAUGACUGAAAACGAAUUUGUUUUGGACAAGACCUCCAGCGGUAAUUGGAGUGCCGAUAGCGAGCUCGCUGAGGCAUUGCAGAUGGUCGAAUUUACGUUGACCCAAGAUACAGUUCCAGAAGAAGUGAAACAAGCUUUAGUCGAUAUUCAUCGUCCGGACGAAGAUACAUGGGUGUCAAGCGAACCGAAGCCAGAACCCCCCUCAGACGCAGCUCCAGAAUCGCAGCCAAAAAGGGUGUUGCGGUCAUCCAAAAAACCCGUUUCCACGUCAUUGGUCGACAUUAGAAUCGACUCAAACCAACAGAUGGCCAAUGUUGAAACAGAUAGGACUGAAGUUACCUCUCCGAUCCAUUGCAGUAUGCCAACCAUGGCGUCACCCGAAGGUGAUGACCGUGAUUCUUCACCCUCCGGCUGUUGACGAACUAUGGAGCUGGGCUGCGGAGAACCAAGCCACAAUUCUCCUACCACAUCUUCAAUGUCAAAUUGUCCAUUUGUUGAUAGUAAAUCGGCAUCUGGUACUUAUUGGAUUAUCGAUGAAAGGAAAACGGGAUCAACUAGUAUGGAAAUGUAAUCCAUAUUCCGAAGUACUUGUAGGAUUUCAACUAUUCAAGGCUCGAAUACUUAUCUCUCACAUCUAAUGAUCCUAAAAUAUAUUCUCCUUAAUUUUUCAAAUCUGAAGUGGUGGCUCAACUGUUUGUAUAUUAGCUUUAAGUAACUAUGAAAACCCCAACUUUGAAUAAGACUACGUAUCUUAACUGCUUCCUGACGCAUUAAAGAAUGCAGAAAUAACAUCGAAAUUAACUGCUCAUGCGCAGAUUGCGUGUUUUAUGCACCUUGAGAAGAUUGUGAUAAAAUCUUUGAAAAAUGUGUUCUCGAAUGCGUUACAUUUAAAUCCCUUUCAUGAUUAUGAUGCACAAAAAUGUUUAAAAUUUUAAAUCAUAUUCCAAUACGCAGAACCAUAUGUUCUUGUCAUUUCUUGGUGUUUCAAUGAUAUAAGUACUGUAUUAAUGUUUAUACUCAUGUUUCAGAGCAUAAGCUAUUAUGCUAACAUAAUUGUAUUUUCAAUAACAGAUAUACAAUUAUAGUAUAAAGCUGGUUCAUGCUUAUUGAGCUAUUUUUAUUGAUCCCUUGAGGUAUAUAUUUUAAAGCCAAAAAUGUUUGAAUGAAGAAUAUUUUAUCGAUGUAUGUUAGCAUUAUAUAUGUCGCUUGAUAAACCCAGAGUUCGAGCGUAGUAUUUCUUUGAUGUCUCAAGAUUGUGUGAUCUUCUUUACUAAGUACUGUAGAGUUGCUUUUCUGAUUGGAGGUCGACAAUUUAUAGAGUUAAAGGCUGUUAAAAAAUAUGCCAGUAAAACUUAUAACACAUUCGCAGCCAGAAGUUAUUUCAAAGUAUUUUGAAAAUUAUCUUCGGUCUAGUCAACAAGGUGCAGUUUUACAAGCUUACUACAAGUUUCUGUUGUUUCAGAUGAACUGCAGAAUUUGAUUUUGAAUAAGAAGAAUAAUUCUAUUCAAAGAAUAAUUGUAGAUUCUCCAGUCAAGUAAUGUAGAUGUAUUCUUUGAUAUUGUGAAAGAAGAUAUUAUGUUCCAUACUUAUUGUUGUAAUUAGAUUAUAAAAGUUACCCAGAAAUUAUAUUUGUUAUGAUAUAUGUGUUAAAAGAUAAAGAUGUGUUUCGAUUUGGAUGAUCGAAGUAAUUACGAUUAACUUGAUAACUAAGAACAAAUUAAACAGUUCGUUCGUUUCUUUAUUGGUGUGCUUUCUACGUUAUUGACAUUAUUAUAUCCGUUCUAUUUGUGUAUUAAAUAAUUGAAAUUACUACAAGGUUGAUGUAAACAAAAUUCAUCUGAGAUGUUCAUUAUUUUUGUAUUUGUGAAAAUACUUAGUCUGCGUACUAUAUUAACUAAAAUUAAUUAAUUAUUGAUUUCUGAUUGUAUCAGUGAAUAAAUAUUGAAAUGAUUACAUAGAAGAUGAUAUUAAAUUACAGAUGAGGGUCAAAGGAUGAAAAGUAAUUUUAGAAUUUAAUUUAGAAAAAAAUGGAAAUAUGUUAUUUCAGAACUGUUAAAUGUUUAAUUAAUGCUAUUUCAAAAAAAAUGUACGACUAAUAUGGUUAGUUAACUCCCUUGUACUUCCAAUUACUAAAUAGUUUUGAAUUAUUGUCAGUUUCAUUCGUGCAAUUCUCUUUCAAGAUUGAUCAUUUAUAAACUGAAUUAGUUAAUAUUAACGAAUCAGCUGGUUAGAGUCCAACCUUAGAUAGAAAAGAAGGUUGAACAUGGUUCUCUUUAACUUUAAUGUUUUUCAUUACUUUUGACUUCUUCAUUGUAGAAAGUGCUUAAAGACUAAAGAAAUUUUCUUACUACUUUAUUCUCAUAAGAAGAUCGUAAAAAUAACUUUUUUAUCUAUCAAGUAGUGAUAAUUAUAAAUAUAUUAGAGGCAUUUCCAUGCCACACUUUGAUGGACUGAGAUUCAUUCGUCAUUUUUCAGUUAUGUUCAGUUAAUUGAAGUAUGUAUUAGCAAGUUUUUGAGUUUCAAUGGAACAAAUUAAUUGAUCACUAAUUUAUUGUAAGCAUUAUGUGCUUACAAUAUUUUGUUAUUUCAGAUUUUCUAUUUGUUCACAUCAUUAGUUUUUCGUUUUUUCAUUUGUUGUAACAGAGUUCGAAUAAUUCAAGUUCUUGAAUAAAAUAGUUUUCAUUACUGAUUUCUUUUCAAUUAUUUUUUUUUCUGAAUAUCAUCUGCAUUUGAAUCUAAGCUCAUUUAAGAGAAACUGCUGAUACUCUAGUGUAAACGGUGCUAAUUUGUUUAGUUCAAUUCAAUUAAAUGGAAAUUAUUCAAAAUAAAAUUAGUGAAGUAUAGAUUGACAUUAAAAAAGAUAUAUCCCUACAUAGGCAAAAGACGAAACGACAACAGCUAAUCAGGAUCACAUGUAAUAUAAUAGUAAUAAAAGAAAAAGAGUUGCGUUUUAGACGAAAACAUUACACUAACUGAAUAUUGAAUGCUGUAUAAUAAUUUUGUAGGAAUAAUGGAAUCACUGAGCCACUUAAGAUAAACUAUAUAAUAGAAUAACACAUUAAAAAAUAUAUUUUUAAAUCCUUUAAGUUCCUUGUGCCAGGAUUAUUAGAAGCGAUUCAUGGAUCUAUUUCUCUUUUAAGCUUUCCAUUCAAAUUGAUAAUUAUGAAAUUGUCAUGCAUAUUUUUUGAAAUUGAAAUGAUUUAUUGCCAUUUUUCAUAAAGAAUACAAUACAUUUUCAAUAAGCGUUUGUAUUAUCAGGGAAAAGUAAUUUCAAAAAUCAACUUUUUGGGCGCCAUCAAGCACCCAAGUUUCACUCGAAAUUAUAUGGAAACCAAAGUUUUUAAAACAUCUUAUUAUGUGAAAAAGAACAAAAAUAAAGAUUGACUACAAAUAUGAAUAAACUAAUGUUAUUUCCUCCUUUAUAAAAAUAUUACCUAAGUAGAAAAUACUCCAAACAGAUCAGAAAUAUCUUGAUAUUUUUUAUCAAAAAAUUUGUUACACUACAAAUAUGAAUAAACUAAUGUUAUUUCCUCCUUUAUAAAAAUAUUACCUAAGUAGAAAAUACUCCAAACAGAUCAGAAAUAUCUUGAUAUUUUUUAUCAAAAAAUUUGUUACACUACAAAUAUGAAUAAACUAAUGUUAUUUCCUCCUUUAUAAAAAUAUUACCUAAGUAGAAAAUACUCCAAACAGAUCAGAAAUAUCUUGAUAAAAAUCAAAACGAAGAAAAACAAUUACAUUAUUAUUACUGUUGUAGAGAAAUCAAACUUGUUAAUCGCUUAAGCAAGUCUCAAAUGAGAAGAAAAAUAUGGAUAGCUAGCCCAAUCCGAAUCACCAACCCCCCACAUUCAUGAAAUCAAUCAUGAAUUAAACUCGUGAAUUAAGUUAAAUUAUUGAAUAUUGAAAAAACAUUGAAACGGCUUAAAUCUUAAAACUUAUUCACUUAUUACUUGCACAAAAUGAGCUGUUACUCUCUGAAAGUUCGAUGCAGAUGUACAUUCAAUUUAGUAUACUAUUUUUCUUUUCAGUUUCUAUUAAAUUUAUUUAAAUUCUUAAUAUUUCUUUCAUUCAUUUAUCAAACUACUUGUUAACAGAUCAACAAAAAUUUUGCUUCCAUCACAACUUUUUUCUAUUUCAUGGAUGAUAAUAAUAAAUUAUUGUAAAUAAUGAUAACAAUUCUCAAUGUGUUUGAAGCUAUUAUUUCUUGCAUUGAAUCGUUCUCUGGUGAACUCAAUCAAACAUAUGCAGGUAUGAAGGAAAAGUAAUGGCACUGAUUUCAUUGUUAUCAAAGUUUCUAUUUUUUAAUAUCGAUGUUAACCCAUUUCAAGUAGUAUAGUAUUCCAAGGGAUUAAUCUUCUACAAUAUAAAUUGAUCAAUUAGUGUAAUCAUCAAGAAUAAUAAUUCUGCAUUCAGGUUAUCAUCUUCAAUUUAUUUCUGAGUAAACUGAUACAGUUCAUUGAUUUUAGAGUGUGCGACCUUUUUAACUAAAGUUUAGAUUUCUAGAAUGUUACACUUGUAAUUGAAAAGUAAUUAUAGAAUUAAUUGACCUUUCAAAUUUUCCAUUUUGCUCAUUACUUUUCCUACAUAUCCUGAAUAAACUAUUGUAAAUAUUGACAACAAUUUCUGAAUGUGUUUUGAAGCUUGACAGAAGCUAUUUCUUGUAUUGAAUCGUUCGUUCUCUGUCAAGAUAUCUAUUCUGCUUUGAUCUCGAUUAAGAGAAAUUGUAAUUGCUUUCCAGUAUUAUGAAAAUUUGAUAAUACGAUCUCAGUAUUCCUUCCAAUGUUUGAAUCUGGUUCACGAUUAUCACAAAUGUCAGUAAUUUGAAAAUGUUCAUUCCAUGCUUUUGUUAUAAUAUUACAGUAAUAGCAUUUCUCAGAAAUGAAUCAUUAGAAUUUUUGGAAUUAUAUUCAAUAACACUGUUAUUGAAGAAAGGGCUAUGUUGUUACAUGUUGUGGUGAAUUGGUUAGCUAGGUAGAAAAUAGGAAGAGUUGGUAAAUGACGUUGCUAUUAUUCAGUUUCUGUUGGUAUUAUGAAAAAUAAUUUAUAUUUUCUUGUUAAAUUUCUUGUUCAUUUCAAAGUUUGUGAUAAUGUAUGUUUAAGUCUUUGUGAAACCAGAUCUUGUAUCAAUAAAGUUUGAAGUUGUUUAUUA